ACACAUCCACCAGACACAACAGCAGAAGAAGACAGAGGACUGAAACCGAAAAGGGGAACAUUUUAAAAGACAUGCAGGCAAGCGACAUGAGCGUUUUCCUAGCUGUGUUUUGCACGGUUAGCAUUUUCCAGCUCUGUCAUGGAGUAUCCGGCAGUGGAGAAUGCUACUUCAAUGCCAAAGCCAGCUGUGAACACAACGGCCGUGUCUUCGACAUCGGGGAGGCCUGGAUGAAUGAUGAAUGUUUCCAGUGUGUGUGUUUCGAGCCGUUUGGAGUGGGCUGCUGUGAACAUGGAAAGCAGCCAGUCGAUUACCCUCCCUGGUGUGAAGCUGUUAGAAAACCAGAUUCCUGCACGGUUGCUGUGGUGAUGAAGGCCAACCAUAAACUUCCUUGUCUGUUCGGAGGGAAAAACCGCUUUCGAGCAGGAGAAGGGCGGCUGUGGAAAUACGAGAACGACCCGCUGUUCUAGAACGCCGUAGUAUAUUCACUCACGGAAAACACUAGUAGUUUAAAUAUACUGUAUAACUGCACCAUGUUUGACAAUAAACGUACAUAUUGGUUAAAAUAUCAGUAAUAAUAACAACCACUGAUGUUUAUAGAAUGAUAAUGAGAAUAGUUUUCUAUGUAGAUCAGUGGUGAAAACAGUCAAAUUUAUUCAAUUUCACGUAUUGAUUAAAAUGUAUUGUUGUGAUGACAGCAUGUUUCUACUAUUCAGCAGUGUUGGGGGAAAAUACUUCUAAAAGAAAUGUUACAUUACGUACAUUUGUGUUACUUUUUCCAUCUUGACUGAGCUUGCUGUUAGUUUUUAUUAUUUUAAAAGAAAAUAAUGUCUGUUUUUGGAAGACGUAAGCAUUUUUAAGCCUCAUAAACCUUUCAGCUGUGCUACAUUUCUAGAUUGUAUUAAGAAUGAGAUAUAUAAACAUUUAAGCUUUUAUUAAUCUAAAGGAAUACCAAAUUGUUUUUUGUGCUUUUAAAGCCCCGGUAAAAAUCACACGAUUUUGUCUUGAUUUCCUUGAAGUAAGGUGUCGUGUGGAGUCUUAAACGACAAAUGGGCGUCGCAAAUCAUAGGUCCAAUCAUUUCUUCUUGUGUAAUGUGGCAUAGUUCACGACAACCAAUACAAUGAAAAUCUAGCAUGUUAAAUUUUUUCUUUACGACAAGUUCUGUCACGUGGUUGAAUUUCUGAGUUAUCUCAGCGGGCGCUGACAUUAAUCUGUGGGUCAGGUAAUCAAAAAGGCUGCUUUUUACUUAUAGCUGGGUCUCGGGUGGAUAAGAUCAAUCAUGGUUAUGCAAACUUAAACUACCUUUUCUAAAACAUUUAGGUGUUUUAAGCAAUUUUAUUUAACACAUUAGAAACAUUUCCAUUGUAUUAGUGUAUACUUGCCAGUGUUGCGACCAAUUUGCAGCACGUUUCUUCAGUUGUUUGUGUUGUGACCAAUUUGCAACACGUCAAAUUGAUGAAGACGGUUUCUUUAUUUGCUGGCGUUUUUUUGUAGUUGCAUGUGCUUUCUUAAAAUGUCAUAACGAAUGCCCUUAAAUAAUGUAGCCUAUUUGUCAGCAAGCAUCAAUGUUUAUUGAGACUGACAUAACAAAAAACAACAAUAAUAAUGAGAUAUAUUGUUAUAACAACACUUGUGAAUGCUUUGGGAAAUAACACUCGUCAUAGACAUCAUGGGAUGACUGAUCGUGAAGGAACGUGUAGUCUGGCACAUUUGUUGCCCACGACAAGAUUAUCAAGACAAAGUCGCAUAAUCUGACAUAGGUGACAAUAAAAUCGUGUGAUCUGACCAGGGCUUAAAACAGAUCUACUGCAAGAUCAACAUGCCGUCAGUGUCAGUCAAUAAAUAAUAAAACAAAAUAACUGGAAUUUACUCUACUUCUAUAUUUUCAGAGAAAUUAAAAAGUAAUCUGAUGCAUUGCUAGUUACUUGGAAAAAGUAAUCCGAUUACUUAACUUCCAUUACAUACAAUGAAUUCCCCCCCAACACUGGUUUUCAGGGUCACAUGAUGUUAUUAGAAAAUAUAAUGCUGAUCUAAUGCUCUAAUUGUGCAGCUUCAUUGUGUUAAAGGAAAAGUUCACCCAAAAAAUUUUAUUUUGCUAUCAUUUACUCCACCUGUUUAAAACCAGUUUCAUCGUUUUGCUGAACACAUAUAGAUAUUUUAAAGAACGACAAGAUAAAAUUAGCCAAUAACUACCAUGGUAAUUUUGUUCCCACCAUAGAUUUCAAUGGCUGCUUUUUUACAACAUGCUUCAGAAUAUCUUGUUUUGUGUUCAACAGAAGUAAAAAAUUCAUUAGUUUAGAAGCAAUGGAGGAGUAAAUAUUUAUCUUUGGGUAAUUGUUUUGCUUUUUUAUUGACACCUCUUUGGAAUAUUUGAAAUAAAUCUACAGAAUCAAUGUACAUAACAUUCAUGUUAUUUAACAAUAUUGUAACAUUCUCAAAAUUAUUUAAAGUUUAAAUCACUGUAUGUAUUAAAAUUAAAGGUUGAAAUUAGACUUCUAUCACAAACAAAACAGUACUGAUGUCCAUCUUGAAACGGAUAUCCUUCCAAAUAAAUAUCAGUGACUGUUCAAGAAAAACGUCCGUUUUUGUUUCUAGAAAUAAACAAAAAUAAGAAAAAAAAAAUGAAAAUCUGAUGAAAAAUCAAAUCCAUAAAAACACAGUGGUUCAGUGACAGUAAAAAUCAUGGUUUUUAUUUAAAAAAAGAAUUUAGGUAUCAUUACACAAGAUACAGACAGUAACAAAGUGAUUACACAUCAUUGUGGGCUUUUUCCAGUUAAAACUAUGUGUUCACCCCUGUUUCUUAAAUUUGUAUACUAUUAAGUGUUACAAUUCGCUCCCAUUACUGUGUUCAUAAUACAUAUUUUAGAUCUGCACGGCUUUUGAACCUUUUAAAUCUGGCAGUGCCACUGCUUUGAACUCACGGUAAAAAAACAAAACAACUUCAACCUUUCUUCCCUGGGUAGAAUAUGGCUCUUUAAAGCAAAUGAAAAGAAAAUUAUAAUGAAGAAACCAUGACUUGGCCUCAUCUGCUCACCAUAAGCCCAUAACAGUGCACCAUUUCAAAUAGUGGUUUGCAAAACAUUUGUGUUAAAAAAGCAAGGGGAUUCGACCCAAACAAUGAAUACAUAUAUUACUCAAAAAAACAAACUCCGAAUGGAAGCAAAGGCUUUUAAUAAUAAUAACAAUAAUAAAACAAAUUUGGUCCUCACGGCAUGGUUGUGCAUACUGUUACAGACCACAUGAUGUGGUUUUGGUCCCAAAACCGGUGAUGCCGACUAACAGGCAGCAGAAACUUGUGCAGGAUGAAGAAAAAAAAAAAAGAGGUGUGAAAAGGAUAGCAGUGGAUCAGGCACCAACAAGACCAGCAAAAACAACCUGUGUCAGAGCAACAGCAGGAAAAAAAUGGCUUGAGAAUGAUCUAAAGCCAAGCAAGAGACAAGCCAACAAGGCUUUUAUGGCACAAAAUUUUACAAAAAUCAGCCUCCAGUAAAAUUAUCAUUGAGAGUUUGGGCUGAUAUGCAGAAAAAACACUAGCUCGUAAAGCUCUGAUCAUGGAGCAAUACCAAAAAAGGCUCCCCGAGGUCAACAUUUGACUCUUGAGGAGUAUCGUAGUAGAUCAUUUCUCAAAUCACUUGGAAUAGUAGUUUGGAAAAAUUGAGAGGCACCACAUUUUUGCUGGUUGGCUUGGUGAGCUUAUCCUCCAGCAGAAGAAGAGAA